AGCGGAAGUGCAGUGGUGUGUCGGUGAUGAUGGCGGAUAGUAACGAGCUGUAUGAGUCGGUGUUGUGUGUGAAGUCAGAGGUUCAUGUUUACCGGAUUCCGCCGAGAGCGUCGAACCGCGGUUACCGGGCAGCUGAUUGGAAGCUGGAUGAACCGGCGUGGAGUGGGCGCAUGAAAAUCACAGCGAAAGGAAACAUUGCGUAUAUUAAACUUGAAGACAAAAACACAGGUGAGUUGUUUGCUCAGGCACCUGUAGAUCAGUAUCCAGGCGUCAUCGUAGAAGCCGUCACCGACUCCAGCCGAUAUUUUGUCAUCAGAAUUGAAGAUGGAAAUGGACGUCACGCGUUUAUCGGCAUCGGUUUCGCUGACCGUGGAGAUUCUUUUGAUUUUAAUGUUUCACUACAAGACCAUUUUAAGUGGGUGAAACAGGAAAGUGAAUUCGCCAAACAGGAAGCCAGUCAGGAUUUAGGGCCGAAACUAGACUUGGGCUUCAAAGAGGGUCAGACCAUCAAAAUCAACAUCGGGAAUAUAAAGAAGAAAGAGUCCAGUGGGGCGGUGAAGUCACGGCCUGUGGGCGGCGGGUUUCUUCCUCCUCCACCCGGUGUGAAGGGUGGUGCUCUCUCUCCACCUGCAGCUCAGUCUAACGCAGGAAUGCUGUUGGAUUGGGGAGACUCUGGCCCCGUCAGUGGAGCCCCGCCCUCUCAGGACUCGUGGGGUGAUUUCACAGCCGCAGGCUCCGGGUCCGAUCAGGACUCGGGCCAGUCGGGAUGGGUGCAGUUCUGACCGUCUGAUGGUGAUUAUAAGGGAACAUCAGAUGUCAUGUGAUCCGUGAUGACGCUGCUUUCUAUGCAAUCACAUGCGGCUGCGAGCGCUGCGGUCACAGGAUCGAGUCUCUCCAGCUGAUAUCAGCUGCAUUCCAGCACACACAGUUUUGUAUGUCAUGAAUAAUCAUCUCAGUCAUGUGAUCAGUAUCGUGUUUAAUGUCUUGUUUACCUUAUUUUUUAUUUUUGACAUGAUGUUUUGAAGCAUUUGUUGACAUUGACUUUGCUCUAGUGUGUAGACUCAAGGACUGUGUGCGUGUAAACUGUGUAAGCUUAUUUGUUUAUAAACAAAUGUAUUUUACCCUACACACCCACACAUUUAUAUAUAUAUAUAUAUAUAUAUAUAUAUAUGUAAGUCUAUAAAUCUAUAUACAGAACUAACAGCAGACUUUUAUUAGAUGAUCUUUUCUGGUGUUUUUUUUUCUCUUUUGUUGUCAGAUAUUAAAGUUUAAAUCUUUCCUUCAAGUGCCUUGAUAAAACACCUGUAGAAUGUAUAAUUUUAUAUGGAAAUAAAGGUUUUCCUGAGACACG